UUGUGGCAUUGCUAUAAAUGGAUUAUUUCGUUUGUGUAUUUAUGUAUUUAUUUAUAUAUCUAUUUAUUCUUUUAUCUUUGAAUGUGGGGAAGUCAAACGGACACUUUGUUGUGAAGUUUGCGCAGCAGCUGGCUGGAACACCCUAUAAAAAGAGAUCGCAGCACAAUUUUAGUUCACGACAGAAAGUUUAUGCUACAGUUGAUACCAGGUUUAAUUGUUGGUCGGAAAUAUGUCGUUUUGCUGUGAUUUUAGUGAGCAAUUUAAAAAAUAUGAAGUCUUCCACAAUUGACUGCAUGACUGGAAUGACCUUGCAAAUGUGGCUGCCGAGUGCGGUGACUUUUCUUAAAGAGUCUUUGGUGAGAGCCUCUUGCUUCAGUGGCUUGAACAUGGCGAAGUUCCUCAGUCAUGAUCAAAUUAACGAGUUUAAAGAGUGUUUCUCACUGUAUGACAAGAAGCGGCGGGGUCAGAUUUACGCCCGGGACCUCCUAACAGUCAUGAGAUGUCUGGGCUGCUGUCCGACCCUCUCAGAACUGGACAGACACUUGUUAACUCAUAACAUCGAUAAGAGCGGCGAGCUGGACUUCUCCACAUUUCUCAGCAUGAUGCACCAGCAGAUCCGUCAGGAGAACCCGCGUGCCGAGGUCCUGGAGGCCAUGAGGAUGAUGGACCCAAAGAAUCAGGGUUUCAUCCCGGUGUCAGAGCUCAGAACCAAGCUGACAGGAUUUGGAGAACGAUUUACAGUUCAAGAAGUGGAUGAACUUCUGAAUGAUGCUGGCGUGACGUCUGACGGACGCAUCGACUACGAAGAGUUUGUAAAGACUGUUCCGGCCGGCCGAUGCUGAAGAAACUACUCCUCUAGAACUUCCCUCAAGUGCGUCCGUCGUAAUUCAGUGGAGAAAUAACAUUUUGCAAACAUUCCAGCUUGUAAACAUCCCUAAAACGGCAAAAAAUGCCAAUCUAUGUGACAUUGACCGUAUUUUACUGAUAAGCACCUGACAACAUGCGUUAAUCAUUAACUGACCGUGGGAUUGUUUAGAAAGUAAUCAGAUGUGUCUUUAAGUUAGUUUGUUUUACGCAGACUUCAAUCUUAUGCAGUUUAGUAGUCAGAUUAUUGUUUUGUAUUAAACAUUUUCAUUUGUGCUCUUUACAUGAUAAGAUGCUUGGAUAGUUUAAUGUUUCAGAUGCAUAAUCCUUAUAAUUAAAUAAUAGAAAUCAAUUUAAUAUAUAAAUUGCACAAUUCACAUUUACUACAGCCCUAUUAACCGUGUGUUAAAACACGUUUAAACGAUUUAUGCACAAGAAGUGCAAGAUAAAUCAGUCUAUGCUGUUUUGUGGCGCAAACCAACUUCAUGUCAUAAAGAUAAUACAUUCUCUCCUGUGCUCAUGUUAUUGUUGCAUGGAUUUAUGUGUCUGUUCAGAGAAUAAAGUGAAGA